GUUGUGCCAGUUCAGUUCAAAGUUGUAAACGAAUCCUUCGUCCUUUUGUUGUUCGCGUCGUGUGUUACCACUGUGCUCAAUUUCAAACAUGAAGUACUUUGUUGCCAUCGCUCUGCUGUUCGCUGCCGCCCAGGCUGUGCCCAUUGAGCUGGGUCACUAUGCCCCAUCGCUGUUGCAGGUGCAUCAUGCACCAGUGCUGGCCCAUGCUGUGCAUGCGGAACCGGUGGCCUAUCCCAAAUACUCCUUCAACUACGGCAUCAAGGAUCCCCAUACCGGCGACAUCAAGUCUCAGGCUGAGGAGCGUGAUGGUGAUGUUGUAAAGGGCCAAUACUCGCUGGUCGAGCCCGAUGGCUCUGUGCGCACCGUUGACUACACCGCCGAUGACCACCAUGGAUUCAAUGCCGUCGUCCACAAGACCGCGCCCAAGAUCAUUGCUCAUGCGCCCGUCGUGCACGCUCCCGUGCUGGCACAUGCUCCUCUGCUGCACCAUUAUUAA